AUGGCAGAUGUUCGCGACCUCGAUUCCGUCCGUGCAGCGUUCAGGACCGAGUGGCCUGCAGAUGCGAACAUGGGCAGGGGUAUAACCGUGAUCCACUCCGCCGCUGGUUUGAGCUACUACGAGCGGCACGCGUCGUUUAUCGGCCGGUCGGCGAUGCUCAACGUGGAGGGCACGCGUAACGUCCUGGCUGCGGCGCAAGAAGCAGGCGUAGAUAUCUUUAUAUUCACUUUGUCGGGUACGAUUCCGCUUAAACGAACGAACUUCUGGCUGUUCCCAUGGCAGAAACGUCCGGAAAGUUUGGUGCAGGUACUCAAUGACUCGACGCUUGCAUCGCGGAAGCAUGAAGAAUUCUUUUCAAAUUAUCCGUAUACAAAACUCCUGAGUCCUGGCAGAGAAUCUUUAAUCGGAUGGGGAGGGGACUUGCUCGCGGAGGAAUACCUCAAGAGAGGUGUGAAUCCAUCCUGGGUCCGGCCCAUUAUCCAGUCAAUGACAUACGUAGAAAACGUCUCUUACGCCCACCUACUCUACGAAGCUCGGCUCCUCGAGGCGCAAAAGGCACCUCCGGACGCGCCUGUCCAAAAGCUCGGCGGAGACACCUCUACCUUGCCUUGA